AAAGCGUCGGCUUUGGAGCCGAGGAUAAAGGCGUCUAACAGCCGGCCGGCGGGGAUGCUUUGUACUGUAGUAGGUCGCUUUAUGCACGGGACUUGUGCAUGCAUGACUCUUGUGCAAAUGGACGAGUGCGGAUAAUCCCCGGGGCUGCAGUUGGCAGGGCAGACACGUUCUCAAGCUCUACGUGGCCCGAGAGCACCGAUCCACGUUGGAUGGCGGCGACUGCUCGACGACGACCCUGAAUUCCUGAACACGGAUUGCUCAGCCACCACCCGCUGUUCGCAUCCCUAUCUUUUCUCCCCACGGUUUUCCGAUUCGCUUCGCGUCACUCCCUCAACCUUCUUAUCUUCGCGUUUUUGGAGCCGGUCGACACACAUUUUCGCCAUCAUGGAUGCCCCCGAGCCUGAUCAGACCCCUUUCGCCGCCGUCUCGGCGCAGACGUCGAAGCUGCAGAUGAGAUACCAAGCGCUUCUCGACCAGUCGACACCCUACGUUACCUAUCGAUGGGUCGGCACAGUCGCUCUCUUCGUCGUCUUUGCCUUGCGCAUUUUGCUUGCGCAAGGGUGGUAUGUCGUCGCAUAUGCGCUCGCCAUCUACCUUCUCAACCUCUUCCUCGCCUUUCUUACACCCAAGUUCGACCCCUCCAAUGAGGCCAUGGACAAUGAAAUGGAGGACGGGUCCGUUGGUGCGCUUCCUACGCGCGCAGACGAGGAGUUCAGGCCCUUCAUCCGCCGUCUCCCCGAGUUCAAGUUCUGGUACUGGGCCACCAGGGCCAUCACAAUUGGCUUCGUGUGCAGUUGGUUCGAGAUCUUCAACGUGCCGGUCUUCUGGCCUGUACUGCUGAUGUACUGGUUCAUGCUGGCUUUCCUCACAAUGCGCAAGCAAAUUCAGCACAUGAUCAAGUACCGCUACGUUCCCUUCACUUUUGGAAAGAAGAAGUACGCCAAGAACGGGAAUUAAGGAGGUGGACGCAACGAAUGGCAAACGCGAAAAUCGGCCGCGGUGGCGAUGUGUACUAUGACUUCCUGGGUUUUGGCGUUGCUAGAAGGUCAUUAACUCUACAUUAUCAUGCAUGUGACGCUAAUAAGGGCGUGGAGUUAUUCAUUGUGUUUUCAGGAAUACAGUGGUUGGAUGGCCAAACCCAAAAUAUGACCAGAUGAACGUGGCCUUAAUUAUAGCCACAAGACUCGUGUAAAACAAGUACUUAUCUAUACGAAUUGCCUCAAAAUGACAAUUAGAGCAUGAAAAACACUGGUCUAGUAUUACGA